AUGGCUUUGGAUUCUCUACAGCGCGCCUUUCUAGGGCUGCCAAUUGUGUCCGUUGCCAUAUUCGCCCUUCCAAGUUCCUCAUUUAUUCGAUAUGCACUUUAUCCAAUCCCUGCAGUUCUUAUGCUUCAGGCCGCAAUACAGCCACCGACAAAAGAUAAUGAUGUUGAAGAUACGUACCUAUUCGGUCUUUUUACCUCGGCUCUUGCCCUCCGACUAUUCGACUAUUUGUACUUGCAAGGGUACGACACUCCGAAACAUUUCUUCAGGGUCCAACAAGUCGGCAAAGUUAAACAACAGUUGGAGUAUCCACAGAGUCUCUGGGGUCGCAUAAAAUGGGGAUUUUUACUGCUCGUCUCUCAGCGAGGGAUUGGCUGGAAUUUCGAGGUUUCGGUUCCGAGCACGAAAUAUCCGCCAACUAGAACGGCAUUCCUUCGUCAAGCUGUUUUUGUUUUGCUGCAGAUAUACUUGGGGUUGUAUCUGACCGGAGCCCUUUACGAUUUUAUGACCGGGGUUAUUCGUCAGGAGAUCUCAGUUGCAGAGUACCCAUGGGUGUAUGAUCUCUGCAAGAAUGAGGUUUCCCAAAUGGUGAUAAUCCUUCUAGGUUGGGUCAUUACAAUAAUAUCGCAUAUCAGCGUCCUUUACAAUAUUGCUGGUAUAGUUUGUGUCGGACUCGGAUUUGGUGGGUUCUGGAAGGAGCCAACUUCAUGGCCAAGAACAUUCGGGCGUUUGAGGGAUACGUGGAGUAUUCGUAGCGUAUGGGGAAAGUCAUGGCACCAGUCUUUGAGAAGGUGUCUUAAUGCUCCAGGAGACAGAAUUGCAGAUAUCAUCUUCGGGGAUCCGUCACAGCUAUCCUACUCAGUUCGUCUCAUAAGAAGAUACUUCCUCCUAUUUUCUGCCUUUGCAUGGUCCGGAAUCAUCCACGCGGGCGGUGUCUAUUUCGUCACAGUUACAAACCCAGUACCAUUCAAAGACUCUACACCGGUAUCAUCCCGGCCAGCAUGGUACGUUUCAGGGUACUUUUUCUACGUACAAGCCGUCGCCGUAACUCUUGAAGAUUUCAUUAUGUGGCUAUUCGGAAUCUCGACCGAGGAGAAAGAGGUCCAGAAAAGACCUGUCAGGAGGUUUUUGGGGACGGUGUAUACCUUUGCAUGGUUCAUCUGGAGUACGACCGCUUUGUGGGUUGAACCUCAGCUCCUCUCAUUCGGAUAUAAGAGACUAGGGGAUGAAGGUAUGGGGUAUAUACAUAUUUUGGAGGCGGUUAGCAAGGGCACUGCUGCCGUUCCUUUAAACCCCUGGCCAGCUAUUAUCGACGGAGCUUUGCUUUUAUAUCAGCGAUAUUCCAAGGGGUAG